AAACAUGUACUAUGCCGUAAGUCCUCCAGUUUGUUUGUACUACUGUUUCCAUCCAGCGGUGUGCGCCGAGAGUGUAACCUUUCUUUCUUUCCCACGUCGCCGCUUUUGAGUUCCGAGUCUUCAAACAGUCACCGUGGUUUCUUGUUCAUAACUUCUUCUGAAGGUAAGUGAGUGUCAAUAUGGCUGAUGAGUCAAGGAAACGAACAUUGGAGGCUUUGGAGAGAAGAAUUCAAGCUGAACAUAUCCUAAAAGAAAAGCAAGCAGAGGCUUUGGAGAGACGAGUUCAAACUGAACAUAACCGGAAAGAAAAGAAAAACAAAAACGCUGUAAAUGAAGAUAGCAAAUCACUUAUUAUUGCACCAUCUACUUCUAAUGAUUCUUCCGUAAAUUUAUCUCGUCCAUCAUCAGAUACACCCAACAAAGUGAAUAUCAGUCUUUUUGCUCGUGCCAUUUCGCAAGACAAAGAAGAUGGUCCAGAAUAUGCCCAACUUUCUGCGAAUGUAAAUGAAAAUCUGCUCACAACUAACGGGGAGUUUUCUUCUGAAAGUGGAGGUUCAAUUUCUGGAAUAUUGCAUGAACUUCUUCAGAAGGGAGAUGCAGCCCAAAAGUACAUGCAAGGCUCUCGAAACUUGAAAAUCGACAGCUAUAUCCUUCUUGAUAAUUUUGUACAAGGACGCAAACUUUCUUCGUCUUCUCAAACUAGGGCUUUGCAAAUUCAUUCAAAACGUUCUAAGAAGCACAUGUCCAUGAAACAACAUAAGAAACACGGAUCAUUUAAUCUUCCUCAAGAGUUCCAUAAAUUUGACAUUUUUAAGCCAAUGCAUGAAAUGUGGAAAGACUAUAUAAAGUUGUUGCUUAAAUCCACCGGGAAUAAUCAAUUGGCUCAAUGUCUCCUUGGUGCAGAUCUACACGGUGCUUUUAUUUUAGUUGUGGAGUGUAAACUAACUCAUUUUACUGGAAUUGGUGGCAUCAUGAUUCGUGAAACUGCAGAAGCUUUUGGGAUAAUUACCGAAGAUAAUAAAUUCAAAGUUGUUCCGAAGAAGGGUUCUGUAUUUGUAUCCAAGUUGAUUGCUGGAAAGUCACUAUGCUUGGAGAUAAACUUGAUUCAAGAAAGGUUGGAUUAUGAUAUCAGUGAUAAUCCUUCAAUUGUAGGUGACACUCUGAGGCCUUUUCUAUCUGGCAUCAGUUUUUGAUGAUGAUAAUUCGUCUCCUCAUUGAGUGAACCUUGUUAAUGCCCUCUUUCUGGUUUCUAUAAUUUCAUUAUUUUAUUUAUAUGAUUAUCUUGAUUCAAAUGUAUAGAAUAUCCAUGUAAUGCUUGAAUGCUAAAUUACAUUAGGGAUUGGCUGGAAGGUAAGCAACAGUGAUGAAGUAUCAAUUUUUGAAGUUUGUUCUGUAACUGAAACUGAUAGUGUUAAUUCUAAUUCUAAACGACUAAUCAUCGUUGUGCGGUCAACAGCCACAA